CCGUCAUCAAGCGGGGUCAAGCACCCCAUCUCACCAUACGAACCUCACAUCCUCGUAAGUAACAGGUACACAAGUUUUAUGCAUCAUUUCGUUAAUUUGAGCUCAUAAGAUGACUGUCCAUAGUGGCCCUGACGACUCGUGGCAUGGGCUCAUUACUUCGGAUGGCCCAUUCCAGCCAGAGAAGGACCGCUACCAUCUUUACAUUGGACUGUUCUGCCCUUUUGCUCACCGAGCAAAUCUCGUUCGGCAUCUCAAAGGUCUUCAAGAUAUUAUCAGUUUAUCCGUCGUGAAGCCAUACCCCAAAGGUGAUGAUAAGGGAUGGCCGGGUUGGCAGUUUCCGAGUCCUCCGGAUGAUCUCUAUGAAGGGGCUACCGAAGAUCACCUCUUCAAAUCAAAGUAUUUGCACGAAGUUUACUUCAGAGAUGAUCCUGAUUAUAAAGGUCGGUACAGCGUACCUGUUCUCUGGGAUAAGAAGGAGAAUCGAAUGGUCAAUAAUGAGAGCCACGAAUUGCUUCGUUGGUUGCCAACAGCCUUCGAUUCCAUCCUUGACUCGAACAGCCCCGGGCGAGACGUUGACCUCUAUGCGGAAAACUUGAGAUCGACCAUUGACGGCAUCAAUAUCUGGAUGCAACGAGACCUCAACAGUGGCGUCUACAAAGCCGGUUUCGCAACGACCCAGGAGGACUACAACAAUAAUGUGCCAACAGUCUUCGCGGCACUUAACAAGCUUGAGGCACUGAUCCACCAAAAUGGAGGACCCUAUAUCCUUGGCAAGCAGCUCACCGAAGUUGACAUACGCGCGUAUGCUACUGUCGUCAGAUUUGAUGUUGUGUAUGUUGGCCACUUCAAGUGCGACCUCGGAACCAUUCGCGCCAACUACCCAGUCAUUCAUGAGUGGCUCAAGAACCUCUACUGGAAUUUUCCAGGUUUCAAAGAGACGACAGACUUCAGGCAUAUCAAGGAAAACUAUACAAAAAGCCAUUACAAGAUCAAUCCUCUUGCUAUUACACCUCUUGGUCCCUUUCCAUAUAUGGAAGAGGGCGUUGACUUGGACUUUGGCAAGCUGAAACCAGGAGUGAUUCGUCACCCGGCUGUGCUUGAGCGUCAGAAGGAGCUGUAUGGUUCGGAGGACUUUAGUCAAAGACUGUAGUAACCGCGUAGAUAUUACACUGCUACAUGAAUGGAUACACAUGAUGUAUUAGAUUAGCCUUCGAGUAUUUCGCACCUGAUGGUCGAAACGACCCUUAUGUUAUCUUGAUUCGUAUUUGCUCCAUGCGAGCAUCAUUCUUGGGCUGAAGUUCUGAGGCCCACUGCCCAAAUCCAUCAAGACGGCCCCGUGUUUCCUGCAUUCAAUUCCAUGCCUGUAGCAGACUGUAGCCAUGUGUUCCAGUCAAUGUCAGUAUCAAUAUCCAUAUUGAUAUCGAUGUCUCCUAAUCCGUUGCCACUUUGAUCCAUGUCGGUCCAAAGCCACGACGCAACAUCUGCAUCUCCAGGCUGGCCAUCGGCCCAUGUUUGGCGAAGCAUGGUCAUCUCUGUUGGCAUUAUAUCACCAGCUACGCCCAUCUGAAGACCAGGGUGGUAAGAGGCAAAGUCGAACGAGGGGUUUGCCCACUGAGUGGCAUUGUCACCCAUGGCCUGAUUAGUUAGAGAUUGCUUUGUGUUGCUCUCACCGGUUCGAGGCACAGGUUGCUCGGAAGUGCCAUAGGUAGUCUUGCCGACAGCGGAACGCCAAUGCUCAAGAAACCGCUGCUGCAAAUUUGCCUCCUGCGAUGAUUCCGGGCUGACAGGAAUAGGAAGGGUGCGAUCAGCCUGCUCCAGAGUCUCGAUCACAGCAGGGCUGUUCCGAAUUUGCACCAAUUGCUCGUCCCGAUGACUUCUCGCUUUAGCCAUUAAUCGACGCAGUGGAACCCACAUACGCGCAUUCUUGGUCAUGUUGUGCUGCGACGGUAUCAGCCAGACGCUGUGCAGAGCUACCCAUGCGCGUUCAACAGUAGGUGACCACUGCCGUCUGGAUAUCUCAAUCAGAAGCCAUACAAUGGCAUACCAGUGAGUAUACGUCUGGUAGAUCCAUCGCCACUGACGGCAUUUCGUCUCAGCAUUGAGCGCGUGGUUAUGCUCUGCGACCUCAAUAGCGGCGACAAGCAGUUUGUCUCGAAUCUCGUCCGAGAACCGCUCAUUUGGUGACGCAAAAAGCGACGGAAGAUACACUAAGAGUGUCAGCUUGGAAAGCACAAGCCGCGUACACACGAUCCCGACCCAGUUGGCUAUAUCUUCUGGAUGUGCGGAGCGGAAAAGGUAGCCAUUCUCGAGCUUUUCUUGGAUACCGUCGAGCAGCUUAGCCUGCUCCCCGAGGGUAGGCCCAGAUGAGUGAAUACUCGAUGCCAUCAACUGCCUCGAAACUCGGGCUAGUUCACACAUGGCGAGUGCGAAAGACAUGUCUGUGACGCCUUUGCGCUCUGGAGGAGUCUCCUUCGUUUCGGGCUCAAUAUCCGAAGUGUUGACGUUGAGAGGUAUCUUGGUAUCGAAGCUGUCUUGUGUGAUUGAGAAUUCAGUCCCCUGAUCUUCAGACGCACGAAUGUCAACUGUAAUGAUCAUCCACCAAAGACGACGUCGUUGCUCAACUUCAAACGGUGAUAGAUGCUGGAACCUUGAACCGUCUCGAUGAAGGCCAACAGCGUGAGCCAUACGAAUCAUCAAACCAGUCAUCAUCCAAACGUAGACAGGGCUAUCGUACCGCCUCGCGAGAGAUAAGAAGAUGACCAAGGCCUGAACAAGGACAAUGUCCGGGUUGUUGAGGAAGUCUGCUCGUGCCAAAGCCUGUUCAAGGCCUCGACGGAACUUCAUAUUGAGCUCCGUUUUCGUAGAUCCAAAAUUGGCUAGCACAUCAUCGUCUUCCAUGGACGUGAUGGCAGCAUAGUAGAUGGAGAAGAGCAGCGCUUGGUGCUUGAGAGAUACCUUGGCCGCUGUCCCAGGUGAAGGACGAACCAUCUUUCUGAUGCUCGGCAUAUGCACAAUGUGCAUGAUGAGGUUGAUGUUCUCGUCGAAUACGUCCAGUAAGAAGGGGAUCUGUGAUGGUAACGGACUGAAGUCCUGUUCGCCAGGCGAUGCAGGAGCUUGGCUGUUUCGAAACAAGAAAGCAUGCCGCUCCGAUGGUUCUCGGUAGAGUUCUUGAGUUGAGGGAGUGCUGACCGGAAAGUCUUCAUCUUCGGAAGACUCAUCGUCAUCUGCC